CAUGUCUUCUAUGAAAGGUUAUUAGCUAACGUCUAUAAACAUUUUUAAAAUAACUUUAUGAAAAGCCUUUUUGUUUGGAAGUAUUUCGGAUUAAUCCUUAAUUGUUAACCGUUUAAUACACACUUCUUAGCUAAAUAAACGGUUUAAGUCUUGCUUAAGUAAGUGACACGGACCUUUCAUAAACUUAUAUCUUGUUCCAAGCCUACCUUUUCGAGAUAUAUCUAUUAAAUUCAGCUGAAAGGAGGGUUGAAAAUAGCGAAGUUACGUAAGAUAUAACAGAGAGUGAGUACCUGACUACUAGGUAGUCAUCAUCCAUUAAAAGAUUAUGAAGUGGUAUUUAUACCGGCAUCAGCUUCUGCUUGGCCGCCUGUGCCGCUUACGUCCGUCUUAUAACUGACCUAUCAGCGAGCCUUGUAGGUAGGCACUGCCGCACCAACAGCACCAGCCUUUUUUAUAGCAUGGUAUUUUAUUUAAUAUUCAUGGACCUUUAGAAGAACAUCAAGUGACAUGGGAUCCUUAUUGUUGGUUUUGUCUUUUGCUUCAAUUUUAACCCCAUUCGAUUCGCUGGAGGCCACCGCGUCCACCAACCCGACAGAUGGGUUCUAUCAUAUCCUCGACGCCACAUUCCACUACCUCUAGCGGACAAGAUAAUUUGCGUACUUGUGCUGUUUUGAUUGGUUUGACUUCUAUCGUCGUUCUCCUAAGAAUCUGGGUGAGAGUUAGUCAGCGUCAAUGUCUUAAAGGCCACGAUUGGCUGUGUAUCGUGUCCUUGAUUCUCUAUUGCGCCCAAUGUGGUCUCAUAAUCGACUUUAUCGUCAGACAUGGCGCGUUUGAAACCGGUCCCCCUUUGGAGCCUCCCGAGGUGAUCGAACUUCUGAAAAUGGCCUGGAUCUGCGAGUUCCUGUUUAGCGGAAUUAUUACUACUGUUAAAUUGAGCAUCUUGUGGUUUUACUACUCAUUAUUCUCAGUAAACAAGACCUCCAAGCGAGCAACCAUAACCACAGCCGUUCUAUGUAUCAUCUGGUUCAUUGUCGCUAUAUUCAUCAUAACAUUUCAAUGCGAUCCUAUCGACGCGUUCUGGACUCAGUUCAACUCACAAGAAUAUUGCCUCAAUGCAACGGACUUCCUUCUAGGGUAUGAAACGACAAAUCUACUCCUGGAUGUGGUGAUCAUCUGUAUCCCUUUUGGCAUAUUGGGAAAGCUCCAGCUAUCUAUGACAAGGAGGAUCUCUCUCUUGGUUAUUUUUAUAUUAGGAGGACUUGUAUGCAUUGCAAGCAUCGUUCGCUUGACAGCGAUAUAUCCACUUCCAGACCCAACCAAGAAUUUUGACUUUAGUGUCCUUAUACUAUGGGGAGAAAUACAGUCAGGUGUAGCCAUCCUCUGCGCCUGCCUCCCUACACUUGGGCCUCUCUUUAGUGAUGAUUCCAAGGCGAUAAGGGCAGUCCGAAAUUGGCAUGGGUUAUCGGCGGCGAAUUCGACUAGAACUCGGGGCGUUAGCGGAAAUCAGUCAAGAGGUCCCCAUCCGAACACGCCAGUACAUGGUUGGCCUGAAGUCGAAGAUCCGCAAGCGUCCAGGAGCUGGAUUCGUGUUGAUGAGAGCAUAUCUGAUACAUUCCCUCUGAAGCCAGUUAAGCAUUAUAAUCAUAGCUCGACGGGUCGGGACCCAGAACUGCAGUAGCUUGGUGGAUCUGAGUCUCUCAGAUAAGUUGUUAGCUUUGUUGGUUACCUAUCUAACGCCAGGACGAGAAAGAAAGCUGGUUCUUAUAAAUCUCCCCGAAAGAAAUGCGACGUAUACAAUUAUCCGACCUUGAUUAUAUAUAAAUAACUUCAAAACAAAUAUAGUUGCGUAGUAAUUAUCAGGUACCUAUAUAGUAAAUACAUCUUGAGAACAUAUUCACCCCAAA